AUGGAAGAUUAUCAACCACUAGUGAAGGAAGCGAUCGAAUGGGCCAAGGCGAAGGGCGGUGACAAAUGCGAGAUCGUGGGAAAUGCGAUGGAUCGUUUGUUCGUCGUCUUCGCCAAGGAAAUCUUGAAGCUCAUUCCUGGAAGAGUGUCCGUUGAAGUGGAUGCUAGUCCCCAUCACUGCUCAAGGAACUGGACUGGGGAUAGUGAAGAGCUGAAGGUCGUACUCAAAAAGAGUAAGGCUAGCGACGCUUCCGUCGAUCGCAUCACAGUCAGCGAGGCCGCAUAUCGCUGGGCCCUGAACGAAGAUCCCAUGUCCAGCGACAAACUUUCGGAGGGGAUCCGCUUCUUUGCCAGGGAUGCCCGUCUACUCGAGGAAGUGAUCAGAAGCACCUUUGAACCGCUGCCAACAAAAUCAAUCGGAUCCCCCAUAUCCAUUCCCUCUUGUCUCCGCGGGAAGCGUGCCUACCUGCGCGGCUUCGGCGCAAAGGGGCUGCGCGGCAAGCGAUUUCACGCU